ACCUGUAAGGUAGGGUCGCCAGUCGCCGUUCUUUCUCUCGCUCUUCUGUUUCGUCUCUUUCUCCUCCUCGUCGGUCGUUAGCUGUUCUUGGGCGCGAUUGCCUAGUUUCCAAGGUUAAGCCGUCCAGCGUUUGCUACCUCACGCCAAAUACUGCAGUUCGACGUCACCCGUGGACCCGUCCCUAGGCAGUUUCCGCCUAAUUCACGAUCUCCAGCCCUGGAGUGUUCAAAAGAUCAAAGUCGACCUUUCUACCGGAUCUGCACUACGCCGUAGCCCACUCGCUCAACCACCGGCCUCAAUCCGCGCCAGCUUUACACGUGCAAACAGCAACCUCAACUACAGUCAGUACGCAAACACUUCGCGACACCGGCAACACUUCCCAAACACGCGCCCCAAAAUGCCGCGGCGGCAAUUUCAAGCCGAUCUGCAGAAGGCAGCAGAAGGACUUUCGAUUGCGGGUAUCUCAAACGUGCGCCCUGGUGGGGAUGACGGCGAAUUUACCUUCAUGUGCCUCGCAGACGGCCAGCAGCUAGAGAUCUCAGCGCUUGUCCCAGAAGUAUCCGAUUACCCUACUGGCCAUACCUGCAUGAUCUUUGGCGCCGAUAAUCUUUCUGCUGGCGUCGCUACUGCCCUCGACAGCAUCGCUGACGCUACUUACGCAAAGACCGUUUCUCAGAUUCUAGAGCUCGUCUCUACCCGACUGGAGUCCACCGACCGGGAUGGGGACCAGCAGAUGCUCGACUCUCAGGAGUUUGAAGACUUCGACGAUGAAGAGGACGAAGAAGACGAGUACUUUCCCGGUGACGACGACAUGAUGCCGAAGCCGCGACUCGCCACCGACGGUGGUGCUAUAUCGGGUGGAGGUUACACAGAAGCUACAUCUGCUUUCCGACAGCGUGUUCGGAAUGACCUCUUGAUUGCCAAGAGCGAGGGCUUCAAAGUUGGACAUCUCGGAGGCUUGAUGGAUGGUUUAGGAUGCUAUGUCUCUCUGUCCAUCCGCAUCUCGAAACUCGGUAUCUCAGAAGAGGCGAUGCAAGCAUGGCAGGUCGAGCCGUCAGAGUACCUUGUCGCGAUCUUCCAUUACCCGUCAGGCUACAAGAGCAUGGACGAUUUGAGGUCCUACGAUGCGCACCAAGCUCGACGGAACUUCGGAAUCCGCGUCGGUGUCUGUACGACGUACAAGCCAACCAUACAAGAAGCUAUAUCUGCCUUCACAGUCUUGAGCAAAGAGGAGGAGAAGCGACGGGAGGCGUCACAACAAGGCGACUCUCAGAACGUGUCUUCAGAAUCAAACAAGGGAUUCCGGAAUUCGUUCAUCUCAAGGCCUUUGAACGAGCUGUUGGAACAGCGCUUUCACAUGCUCCUAAAAUAUCGCUACGGGGGUAUGCCAUGGCAUGGUGCCGAGUCAUUCUACAACGAUCAAGUGCUUCAUGCAUCACACUCGGACCAGGACGCAUCGCACGACAAGUACUACGACGACGAGCGUGUCAGCAAUACAUGGCCAAAUAUUGUAACCGAUGAUCACAUUAUAUCUUCAAAUGGUCAAGAGCACUCUCUACCUCUUGUAGGGAUGCAGUUCGUGUUACGGCACUUCGUUCGAUGUACCGAGUUCUGUCUGAUCUGCUUCAGUAGAAUGCCCGACGACCUACAAGCUAUCAAGCCCUAUGUCUGUGACAAUCCGCUGUGUUUGUACCAGUAUAUGUCGCUAGGCUUUGGUCCGAGUAUCGAACAUGAGAUCGUCUCACAACCCAAAGUCGUCGACCUCCUAAUUAGCUUCUGCUACGCUAGUGCACGCGCCAGUAGGCUGAGGGACUUUCCGACCGGUCUCAGCUUGGCAGUUCCACCUCCGGUAACAAAUGAGAGGGAUUACAUACCUAUUAGUGUCGGCAAUCGUUAUGUCGUCCAAGACCCCGCACAACAGCCUCCGCAAGCCGACAGUACACCUCCAGCAGCUGCGCUGAGUGUUCGAUACAAUGCGGCCAAUCUCGAGAUGCUGUUUGAGAACGCGAGGGAAGCUUGUCCUAUAUCAAAAGGCCAAUGGAUCGUUAUGCGAACAGAUGAUGAGCCGACCAAAGCUUUGCAUUGCCGCGUGGUCGAUGCAUCUCUAUAUCCAUCAGUCAAGGUUUCAAAUCCUGUCGUCCCAUCCAUCGAGCCAACAACAGAUCCAUACGGCGCAGUACAGGCGACUCCGGCGAAAGCGAAAGUGUCAGCCCCACGGCCAGUCCCAGAGAACGAGUUCAAGUCCGCAAGCUUCUAUAUCUACAACACCAACUUCGACGAUUUGGGUGACGUCGAGAAGCCGCGAGUCAUUUCCACACUUCUCGAUCUUCUACCGCCUGUGCAAGAAAUGAGGAAGUACCUUUUGCGGAAAUCGCAGUCUUCUCUGAGCGCUUGGGUUGACCGCCUUUCCCCUGCCGUCCUUGGAAUACUGCGCUGGGUCAUCGCUUCGAAUCGAGCCUGCAUCCUGCAGGUCGAUAACGAAGAGGAUGCUCCGAACGGCCGCAAAUCGGAGGAGCGUCUGUAUGGCAUGGCAGGUUGGGCACAGUUCCGAUUCGCAAUGGGUGCCCCUGAUAAGGAGCGAAUGUUCAUCCAGGCAGUGCGAGACACUACCGACCGCCUCAGCCUUCGAUACCCAACUUUGUUUGCGUGGCAUGGGAGCCCUAUCCACAACUGGCACACCAUCAUCCGAGAGGGACUUCACUUCAAGGAGACCGCCCACGGGCGCGCUUUCGGGAAUGGCGUUUACCACGCUCCUGAUGUCAAUACUAGCUUGGGCUAUUCUUCGAUGUCUUACGGCGCGUCUUGGACAAUGAGCGAGCUAAAGGUCCAACAGACCUUGGCUCUAAAUGAGAUCGUCAACGCUCCGCAGGAAUUCGUGAGCCAGACUCCGCAUCUGGUCGUAGCUCAGCUUGAUUGGAUCCAGACCCGCUACCUCUUUAUAAAGACACGCGCGGACAACAUGACAGCCGUAGAUUCGGGCAGCAAGCCACUUCUUUGCGUCGACCAAGAUCCAAGCCGCACGCCUCGCGGUGUGACAGGCGACCUCGUUAUUCCGAUCCAUGCUAUCGCUGCUUCUCGACGUCCCAAGGCGAAGCCUACUGGGGGUCACAAGCGCCAGAAGGCUUCUGGGAAGACACAGUACGAUCCCGUUGAUAUUGACGAUGAUGAUGACACCGCCAGUGUCGCAACACUUGAAGAAGACCGCAUUAUCUUUGACGGUGAAGAUGAGCACAAGUCGUUCCACGAGACUGACCCUCUUCCCACGCCAAACUCAAUCAGCGACAAGGGCAAGUCAAAGGUGGCAGCCUCAAUAGCGUCGUUUUCGUCCAAGAUCUUUGGCAAGUCAUCAUCCAGCCAACCUCUGACCGACUACGAGCCCGGAAAGCUUGACUACGAUAAGCUUCCUAAACUUCAGGAGCCUGCGUGGGCGACAACCGCUGCUACCAGGCGUCUGAUGAAGGACUUCAAGGACAUCGUCCAGAUCCAGAACAAGGAACUGAUGCAUGAGCUAGGUUGGCACAUUGAUGAGGAGAAGACUGAGAAUAUCUACCAGUGGAUUGUAGAAUUGCACUCAUUCGACCCCACCCUGCCACUUGCAAAAGACAUGAAGUCGAAGAAAGUCAAGAGCAUCGUACUGGAGCUACGAUUCGGCAGAGACUAUCCCAUGAGCCCGCCAUUCGUCCGUGUCAUCCGGCCUCGCUUCCUACCCUUUAAUAUGGGUGGAGGUGGUCACGUCACUGCUGGUGGUGCCAUGUGCAUGCAGCUUCUCACCAACGACGGCUGGAGCGCUGUUUCUUCCAUCGAGUCCGUGCUCCUCCAAGUGCGUAUGGCCAUCUCCAGCCUGGAUCCGAAGCCCGCUCGUCUGCAACCAGGCCCUCCUGGAGACUACGGUGUCAUGGAAGCGGUCGACGCGUACAUACGUGCUUGCGCUGUCCAUGGAUGGACUGUUCCCGCUGGCUUCAAGGAGACGGCUUAUGGUGGGGCGGAGAACGCGACUGCCAUGUACUAGGAGAUGGGGCUACGCGCACCUCUCCCUUAAUCACUCCAUGCUAGGGAGAAUUGAACACCGAGUCACAGCGGAUAACAGAAGAAAAUGACCCAGAAGUCUA